UGAUCCGUAGCCACGUGAUCCUGUCUCACAUUUGAGAACCCACGUGUUCAGAUCUCUGAUCCAUCUCAAAGACUAUUACCUUUCUUCCUUCUUCCUCCUUUCAUCAUCAUCAAUGGCGACAAUGAGCAAAACCCAUAGGGUCAAAACCACUCACGGAUCCAAAAGACUUGUUCUUUUAUCUAUACUCGCCUUAGCCGCAUUGCUCUUCCUCCUUUUCUCUUCGGGAGGAUCUGGUCGGAAAACUCUAGUUGAUUACUUCUCGAGGUCUUCUCGUGUCAAGAGACAACACAGCUUGUGGGACAAGUACUUGUACUGGGGAGACAGAGUCGAUUGUCCUGGCAAGAACUGCGAGAGUUGUGCUGGUUUAGGUCACCAAGAAUCUAGCCUUAGAUGCGCUCUUGAAGAAGCAAUGUUUCUUAACAGGACGUUUGUAAUGCCUUCUCGGAUGUGUAUCAAUCCAAUACAUAACAAGAAAAGUGUAGUCAAUGGUUCCGACAAUGAAAGUUGGGAAGUGAGCUCUUGUGCAAUGGAGUCAUUGUAUGACGUUGACCUCAUCUCUGAGAAGAUUCCUGUGAUCUUGGAUGACUCGGAGACUUGGCACAUUGUGUUGUCGACAGGUAUGAAGCUGAAGGAGAGAGGGAUUGCGCAUGUGAGUGGAGUUAGUAGGUGUGAGCUUAAUGACUCUAGUCACUAUGCAAAUCUUUUGCUUAUUAACCGAACCGCAAGUCCUCUCGCAUGGUUUGUUGAGUGUAAGGAUAGGAUUAAUCGUAGAAACGUCAUGCUUCCUUAUUCAUUUCUCCCUAGUAUGGCAGCACCAAGAUUGAGAAAUGCUGCAGAAAAGAUAAAAGCACAACUCGGUGACUAUGAUGCAAUCCAUGUACGUCGAGGUGACAAACUAAAAACAAGAAAAGACAGGUUUCGUGUUGAAAGAACUCAGUUUCCACACUUAGACAGAGACACACGUCCAGAGUUUAUCAUGAGGAGGAUACAGAAGCAGAUUCCACCAGGUAGAACUCUUUAUAUCGGUUCUAAUGAGAGAACCCCUGGAUUCUUCUCGCCUCUAGCUGCCAGGUACAAGGUGGUUUAUUCAUCGAAUUUCAGUGAGAUUUUGGAUCCUGUAAUUGAAAACAACUAUCAGUUAUUCAUGGUGGAGAGGCUGAUAAUGAUGGGUGCAAAGACGUUCUUCAAAACAUUUAGAGAGUAUGAAACGGAUCUUACUUUAACGGAUGAUCCCAAAAAGAACAAGAACUGGGAGAUACCAGUUUACACCAUGGAUCAAGACAAGAACUAG